AUGGGCCGCGGUUGGUUCUUCGGGCUCGGCGGCGACGACGCCGAGUUCGACGGCGACGAAUUCGACGACGUCUUGCCGCCGUUCUGGGAGACGGACGUCGUGCAGCUCACCGAGCGCGACCGGCGCGAGGUGAAUCUGUACGAAGGCUUGCAACCGCUGUGGCCAAAGUUGGGACAGCUCAUGAUGAUGGCGUUCACGGUGAAGGGUGUUGUGGACGGCUUGGAGUCGUUCACGGGAAAACGCAUCGCGGGAACGUCGCAGCCGAACAUCACGCUGGAUGACUUUAAAGAUAUCAUCGAGGACGCGCUGGAGCUUGGGAUCGUGCGGGCGCACGAUAUGAAACUGCGGCGGACGGGGACGCCGUCGAGGACGAAGGAACACCCGGGAUACGAACCAAUCCAGCACGCGGCGCUGGAGCAGACGCCGUUUGAGGUGGUGACGGAAGGAUUAGAGUUCACGGUGGAUGAUGUGAUUGAGAUAUUGAGGUAUAGAAAGCGCGUGGCUGAGAAUUGUGAACGCAGGGAAAAGAUGGUGAAAGCUGUGAUAUGGUGGCGUUCGGGAAAGCCGCCUCGCGUGAUUCGCGAGGAACUCAUGCGCGAUGAGGCUCGAGCGGUGGCGGAGGCGAAGCGGCUCGGGCAGCCGCUCCCAAAAUCCGUGUUCGGUACGGAUGAAGAAAUAGAGGCGCUGUUGUCGGUGCAAAAUGAUCGGCGGCAAGAGAUGAAGGUGACGCUCGAAGAGAAUCCUUCGGGCGCCGUCAACUUGAUGUGGCCCGAGGAGCACGAAACUUGGUACAAUCAAUCGCUCGCGCACGAAUUGAGCCGAUUUGAGGUCGUGCUGCUGCGAAUGGAGUACUCGGUGAGCAUGGGGUUGAAGGUAGGUAAGGACGGUAAGAUUAUGCCGCGGCGACGCGUGCGAGGGUGUUGCGGCGUGUGA